CGCGGCGCGGCGCGGGGCUGCGGGCGGCCAUGGGGAAGCUGCUGGCGUUGGCUCUCGCCGGGAUAGCGGCAGCCUUGGCUGUGGAGCGGCUGCUGGCCUUUCGGAACAGGCUCAAUGCUUCACGGGAAAUAGCCCCAGUAACCCUCCCGAACUGCCGGCUCAUUAAAGGGAUUGAAAGUGGUUCUGAAGACAUUGACGUACUUCCCAAUGGACUGGCUUUCAUCAGCUCCGGCUUGAAAUACCCAGGAAUGAAGAGCUUUGCACCAGACAAGCCAGGUGAAAUAUUUUUGAUGGAUUUGAAUGAAGACAAUCCCAGAGCAGUGGAACUGAGAAUCAGCCGAGGGUUUGAUCUGGCAUCCUUUAACCCUCAUGGAAUCAGCACCUAUGUAGACAAAGAUGACACCGUGUACCUCUUUGUUGUGAACCAUCCUCAUCAGAAGAGCACAAUAGAAUUGUUUAAAUAUGUGGAAGAUGACAAUUCUCUUGUGCACCUGAAAACCAUUCGACACGACCUUCUGACAAGUGUGAAUGAUGUGGUAGCUGUGGGACCAGACAGCUUCUAUGCUACCAAUGACCACUACUUCUCUGACUUCAUCUUGAUGUUCUUGGAGAUGUUCUUGGGUUUAACUUGGUCAAACGUUGUUUACUACAGUCCUAAAGAAGUGAAAGAAGUAGCAGCUGGGUUUUAUUCAGCCAAUGGAAUUAACAUUUCACCUGACAGAAAGUUCAUCUACAUUGCAGAUAUAUUUGAUCAUAAUGUCCAUGUUAUGGAAAAACAUGCAAAUUGGAAUUUAACCCAUGUGAAGAAGCUGCAGCUGGACACUCUGGUCGAUAAUUUGUCUGUUGACCCAUCCACUGGAGACAUCUGGACAGGAUGUCAUCCCAAUGGGAUGAAGCUCAUCUACUACGAUCCUGAAAAUCUGCCUGCUUCUGAGGUCCUGCGCAUCCAGAACAUCCUCUCAGAAGAGCCUGUGGUGACACGCGUCUAUGCCGACAAUGGCUCUGUGCUGCAGGGAAGCUCCGUGGCAUCCGUCUACGAGGGAAAACUGCUCAUCGGCACAGUCUUCCACAGAGCUCUCUACUGUGAGCUAUAGCUUGCCGCGGCAAGUAGCUUGGAAGCCUGUUGCCAACCUUUAAGGGUGCCCCAGCCUCGCAGUGCAGAACUGGGAAUUGAAGCUGGGCCAGCAUGCAUGAAGAUGGUGCUGGGCAGGACACAGACAGCAAGCACGCAUUCUGCAGCAAAAUCAGUGCUGGGUACAGCUUCUACCCCUGAGCAUGAAAUCACCACUCGGUGAAACCAUCAAUCAGUCUCAGUGCGGAAACAGCAAUGGAGGAAGAUUCGCCUCAAGCCUGGCCUCACAAUGACAUGGUGACCUGCACAGGGCAAAUCUGGGUUUGCAGCCUGGAGGAAAGCAUAACCCAUCGUCUUUUACAGACUGUAGAGCCUGGAGCAGUUCUGGCCAUUUCAGACACCAAAGUGCAGGAAUCUGAGACCACUUUGCACAAACAAUGGGGACAUAUGUAUAGACUGCUCCAGGCUUAGGAAGCUGCUGAGCAGACACAUUGUACAAGUCAGUCAUGGACUUACAGCCUCUUAACAUACCUAUUUUAAUUAAGAUAACAAUUAAGGUGGUACCCAUAUUAGCAGAAUGUAAGCUUUAUGACUUGGCUGCUGAGAAACACAGACUGGGUUAGAGAGAUUAAGUGCAGAGUAUUUGGCCUAGAUUCUGCCAGAUGCAAAUCCACUGAAAUGACUACACAAAUUGGACAAUCUGUGCCCUCUGCUUUCUCCAAUGUAAUGCUUUAAUAAAAUAAAAUAAACAAAGACAUAUUAAACAUG